AUGACCUAUGCAGAUAUUGAUGGUAUGGAGAACUCUAGCUGCGCCGGAGGGCCUUUCGGUGGCAUGCUGAGGUGGCUAAAGGCGGCGCCCGCUAAAUCGUGGGGUAAGGUAGGGGAAGUAGCAAGGCAGGCGAAGAAGCUCGGACAGGAUGAUCCGAGAAGGAUUGUUCAUUCGUGCAAAGUAGGAUCGGCUCUGACGUUGGUUUCUCUGUUUUAUUACUUUCGACCGGUUCAUGAAGGAUUUGGUGUCGAUGCGAUGUGGGCUGUCUUGACCGUGGCCCUCGUGUUUGAGUACUCAGUUGGAGGAACCCUCGAAAGAGGUAUAAAUAGAAUGUUGGCAACGGUAGUAGCUGGUCCUCUAGCUGUUGCAGUUCAUCACAUAUCAACACUUUGGGGAGGAGAAGUCGCGGAGCCCGUAUUGGUUGGAGUUUUUGUCUUUGUCGUAGCUGCAAUUAUGACCUUCCUGAGAUUCUUCCCGGUGUUAAAGGCAAGGCAUGACUACGGGUUGAUGAUAUUCAUACUGACCUACUGUUUGGUUUCCGUUUCCGGCUACCGCGACGCUGAGGUACUAAAGAUGGCACACACAAGGAUAUCAACGGUUGCUAUAGGAUUCUGUACUUCUGUAAUGAUUUGUAUAUGCAUUUGCCCUGUGUGGAUUGGAGUUGAUCUCCACAAUUUGGUCUCGAGUAACAUAGACAAGCUUGGAGAUUCUAUGCAAGGAUUUGGAUCUGAAUAUUUUGACAUACAAGAGAACGGGACGUUGUCAUUAAGUGAUAACAAAUAUUUGCUUAAGAAUUAUAGAAGUGUUCUUAUAUCAAAAGGUCCUGAAGACUUUAUGGCUAACUUGGCACGGUGGGAACCAGGUCAUGGCAAGUUCAAGUUCCGCCACCCAUGGAAUAAAUAUUUGAAUGUUGGAACCCUAAGUCGGCAAUGUGCCUAUAAAAUUGAGGCCCUUAACACAUACUUGAACAAUGAAAUUCAGGCCCCAGCUGCAAUUCGAAACAUAAUUCGAGAACCAAGCACAAAUAUUUGCACCGAAACUGGCAAAGCUCUGAAGGAAUUAGCUGCAGCGCUCAAGAAAAUGACUCUAUCAUCAUCAGCUGAUUACCACAUUGCACACUCAAAAGCAGCAGCUGAGAGCCUCAUGUCGUUACUCAAAAGAGGUGUAUGGAAAGAUGCUAAUGUGCUAGAAAUAGUACCUUCGGCUGCGGUGGCAUUGCUUCUCAUUGAAGUUGUAACUUGUGUUGAGAAGGUUGCUGAAGCAGUUCACGAACUAGCAUCGGCAGCAAAUUUCAAGACUGAUAAAGCACAAGCACUUCAGGAGCCAGUGAUUUCUGAUGAAUCACAUGUUGAUAUUGCAAUUAUUCAUAAUUCAAAGGAGCUACCAGAUGAAAAUGGAAGUUCAGAUGACAUUACUAGAACCAUUUAUAAUGUUUAA